AUGAAGAAGGCCGCAAACAAGAGCCGGAAAGACAAACAAAUCGACUUCAAGGUCAAGUCAUCUGUACACAACUUGAGCAAAACUCAGCAGACCAAACUCACCGUUGGGAGCCUGGGCCUGGGCCUGAUCAUCAUCCAACAUGGGCCCUACCUCCAGAUCACCCACCUCAUCAGGAAGGGGGCUGCGGCCAGGGACGGAAAACUCAAGCCAGGUGAUGUUCUGAUUAGCGUUGGCCAUGCCAAUGUGUUAGGAUAUACUCUUCGAGAAUUUUUAAAACUUUUGCAACACAUCACCAUAGGCACAGUGCUACAAAUCAAGAUUUACCGAUAUUUUAUCGACAUACCCCCAGAAUGGAAAGAAAUCUAUGAUUUAAUCCCUGAGACCAAAUUCCCAGUAACACGCACAACAACGAAAACUAAGCAGUCAAAAGAUGACUCCUUCACAAGCAGUGAUGAAAAUGAAGAUGUAGUUUCAGAUAAAAAACUGAAGUAUUAUAAAUAUUCACAGUCCACUGGGCACCAGUCUGCAAGGAGACCAGUGUCUAUCUCCAGAGAAUGGCAUGGAUAUAAAAAGAAGAACCAUACCAUUAGUGUAGGAAAAGACAUUAACUGUGAUGUGAUGAUUCACAGAGAUCUUAAGAAAGAAGUGAGAGCCCCUUCUCCAUACUGGACAAUGGUGAAGCGAGACAAUGAAAGUUCCUCCUCCUCCACGGCCUCCUCCACCUCAGAUGCAUUUUGGCUGGAAGACUAUGCCCACGUUGAAAAGGGCAAGGGUCAACCUGUAUUGAAAGUUGCUUAG